CCUACGUAACUUAACUGCUGUCGCAGCAGAUGCACGUAGGUAUAUGUGAAGAGAGCAACAAAAUCAUAAUGAGUAUAGGUACUAAAGUACUUAGUAAUGAAGUAUAAAUAAUGUUUUGUGGUUUGAUUUUGAUGGAUCGAGAUAGUCUAGUUCUAUAAAAAAACUUCGACUACGUGUUUACACUUUACACUCAGUAUUUAUGAAGUAUAGUUAAGAUUGGGAAAUAACAAGAGCACGACAAAAUGUUGCGUGGCUUCGAUGUAAUGCGUUACAUUUCGGAUAAGCAAAAUAUUGUUAUUGAUAUAGGCAGUGCCUACACAAAAUACGGCUUUGCUGGUGAGGCUGCACCACGUGGUAUUAUAAGGACAGAAGUAAAAUGCUCCGUAACAAAAGAAAUAAGAAGAAUUUUUGAUUAUAAAGAUGAUAAUGAUUUGUAUCAAUUGCUUGUCGAGUUUCUACAUGGGAUAUUUUUCAAACGGACUGUAACAACUCCAAAAGACAUUAAAAUUGUUGUUUUGGAGUCACCGUUGAUUCCAUCAAAAUUUAGGAACAUUCUUGUUAAAGUUCUUUUUCGUCACUUUGAAGUUGCUUCUCUAAUGAUACUCCCAACCCAUUUGGUGACUAUAAGCACAUUGGGAACCGAUACGACCUUGGUUUUAGAUGUUGGUUACAAUGAGGCAACUCUGAUUCCCGUGUUUGAGGGUGUGCCAAUCUUAAAAGCAUGGCAAGCUCUUCCUUUAGCUGCUCAAGCUGUUCAUGAGAGAAUAAAGGAGGGUAUGAAAGAUGUUUUAACAAAUAAAGAAAAAACGGAAAAUUUGAUUGAAAAUAUUAAGGUUCAAACUUGUUUUGUAACCACCAUGGAACGAUCUCUUAAAUUACAAACAGAAAAUCCCCCAACUCCACCACCAAGUGUUAAAUACUAUUGUACAAGAAAUUUCGAAAUACCAGGCACAGUAAGAGAAAAUGCUUUUGAAGUCUUGUGGGAAAGAGACAACGACAAUCUUAGUAUACCAACCAUGAUUCUAGAUGCUUUAAUCAAGUGUCCUGUUGAUACAAGAAAGCAGUUAGCAGAAAAUGUUUUACUUAUUGGUGGAACAACAAUGGCUAAAGGGUUUGCUAGUAGAUUGAAAACAGAACUUUUGUAUUUAGUUAACAGUGAACUUUAUUCAGAAAAGUUAAAAAUUAGAACGUUUAAGUUUCACACAGCACCCAGCAAACCUAAUUAUACCGCAUGGCUGGGUGGAGCAAUCUUUGGAAUUGCGGAUUUACCGUCUCGAUGCAUCUCUAAAGAGAAUUAUCUCAAAUGGAAUAGAGUGCCUGACUGGGUAAGUCUAAUAGACAACAAAAAAGAUGCCAGCUCUACCACUUAGUAAAAUUAGUUUUUUUUUUUUUUUUACAUUAUAUUAUUUAUUUCUCGUUCUUAAGAGCUUUUACAAUGGAUGAAUGUGAUACUUGACUUUUAUAUUUCUUACCU